CGUACAGGGGAAAGCGUUAUGUUUAUAUUUGGCACUGUUGUUCCUGUGGGAAAGCAUCAAUUGGAAUCAUGGUUGAGGUGUGCCCAGAUUGUGGUGCAUCAAGAUGCCCAUAUUGCAGGACAGAGAAGGUUAGGGUUCAAUAAUGGCACUGCACGCGUCGGUCAAUGCAAGUCGUGGACGAUGGAAAUACACGCGGCGAUCUUCGUGAGCCUGACAAAACAGCGAAUCUGUGGAUGAGAUUCGGAGAGUGUGGUACCCUCAUGUUGGCUUUCACUUUUCUUUCCAGGGAGGAUGGUCGAGGACCACACAUAGUUUUGUCAAGUCAGUGCCUGUCCAUUUCUGUGGCUAUCCAGCAUGAUGUUCUGAUGAGUUUGAAACGCAAGGUUCUUGAGUCCCAAAUAAAGGCUAAAGCUUUGGUGUGCGGCUUAAUGGGAAGCUGUUGCGACAGGUACUCCAGAUUAGCUCCUUGUUCCUGUCGAGUCCAUCUUUGCCAAUCUGCCACCCACCGAGCUUCGCCAGGGCGCAGAAUACUAGAGAUCCGGAUUGUUCAAAGAAAUCCGCGCAAGUUUUUAUGCGAGGAAGCAUACGGAGAACAUCGAUUCGACGCCUCGGCGAGUUCUGGGUCUGCCCCUCGACGAGAAAAGAGUCAAUUUGGCCUUGGGGGAUUAAAAUGUUAGACAAAUAUUGGUGGAUGAGUGGCAUGCACAGAGAAAUUGGUCAGGAUUGUUCUGGAUUCGAGGAGUGGUCUGGCUGAUCAUCUCUUGAAAGAUGACCGAAUAUAGGUUUAGCUCUGACUCGCCUUCGAGAAAGGUGUUAAAUAUGCGUUGUGUUACAAUGCCCAACAGAAACCAUAGUGUUCUGGUGUUGAAUGGACUUGU